AUGCCAGGCGUCACACUACGAAAACGAUUCACCUCCUUCCCGAAGCUCCCCCUCGAACUCAGACUUCUGAUUUGGGAGGCGGCUUUGCCAGGCCCGCGCAUGGUGACGAUAAAGCAGAGACCGAUAAUGAAGACCUUCUUGGAUUACGAAGAAGAGACAGGACGGAAAUGGCCAGGCCUAAGCAAGUCGGACAUAUUCGACGAGGAUGACGAAAUCGAGGAAACGCAGUUCGAGGAAGAUCAAGCUUUCCGCGAAGCUAUCUGUAUCGCACGAGGUGCUUCCGACUUGGAUCAAAAAGUCUUCUGGGAGACCCACAUGGUGGGAAUUGACUCCAACUGUCCACCACCGGACAUAACAUUCGUUUGCCGCGAGUCGUACGGAGUGGUGACCCGCCGCUAUUCUAAGACUUUUGCAUACCCUGGUUCUGUUGCGGGUACAUACUUUGAUACGGAAUCAGAUAUUCUGUACCUACGCCCGAGCAGUUUCACAUACUGUUUACCGCUGUAUCGUGGCCUGCAGUUAAUACUGAAAGGGCUCUCUGGCCCUUUUCAGAUCGAGAACGAUAGCAAGCUGUGCAACAUUCGAAGACUGGCAGUUGAACUCCCGAGCUCGUACAUGGAAGAUGAUUUGGCCUAUUUGCUUCCGCAGCUGGCGAUUAUUUUCCGAGGUGCAAAAGAGAUCUCCUUGGUAGUGAAUCACAGCGACUGGGUUGCCGUUCCUGAGUUGGCGGGAAAGGAAUGCCUGAUCCAUCCACUCAACGUUUGCGAGACCAUCAGACACUACCAUCAUUGUCGGGAUCAAUUGUUGAGUGGUCAGGUUCCUCAAUUGCAGCUUCCACUUCUUAGUGCAGCAGAGCGAGUGACACCUAGCAUUGAAUCAACUAAGAAAGCGUGGGCUAUUGAAGAUCAAGGCAUUCCUAAUGCAUGCAGACCCACCAUCGUACCCAAGGCUAUAGUUUCUCCGAGGCUGAAAAGGGAUCUUGACCAAGCUGAACGACUUUACAAGUUGGCUUUGAAAAACAGCGAAGAGGUGAAGGCAAGAGAUGCUUUGGAAGCUGCUGGCUGGAGCCUCGAUGACAUCUUGUUGGAAGAGGAAGCUUCGGAAGAGAAUGAAUUUUCGUAA